AGAAGUCGCUAUAAUACAUGUGACCUGCUUUCUGCUGCUCUAGUGAAUAGUUGAGAAGCGAUGCGAUGGGGCCCACUAAAAACCUCUCCGCUGUUUUGAUGAAAAAGGGCGAUUUGCAACUGGUUGACCGCCCAAUUCCAGAGCCAGGGAAUGGAGAGGUACAAAUCAAGAUUCACUCGGUGGGUAUCUGUGGUUCUGAUGUUCACUACUGGACCAACGGUGAAAUCGGGGACUUUGUGGUCAAAGCCCCUAUGGUGUUGGGCCACGAAUCCUGUGGGACCGUCUCCAAGGUCGGAGAAGGGGUCGACCAUCUGAAAGUCGGCGACCGCGUGGCCAUCGAGCCGGCUGUUCCUUGUAGACGGUGUAAGUACUGUAAGGGAGGGAGAUACAACCUGUGUAAGGACAUUGCUUGUUGUGCCACGCCUCCUUAUGACGGCUCUCUCGCACGGUAUUACGUCCAUGCGGCAGACUUCUGCUACAAACUUCCUGAUAACGUGAGCGAGGAGGAGGGAGCCCUUCUGGAACCGUUAUCUGUGGGUAUUCACGCCUGCAGGAGAGCAGGUGUUUCCCUAGGCAGCGUGGUGUUAAUCUGUGGAGCAGGACCUAUCGGACUGGUCAACUUACUGACAGCCAAAUCCAUGGGUGCGUCAAAGGUUCUGAUGACUGACAUUGACGCUGGUCGUUUGGCUGUGGCCAAAACUCUAGGAGCCGAUCAUACCGUUUUAGUGGACACCAAAGAUGCUAAGACUCUGGCUGAGAAAAUUGAGAACUUACUGGGAGAUGCGCCAAAUAUUACCAUCGAGUGCAGUGGAGCGCCACCUAGUAUCGCCUUGGCCAUAACGGCGACGUCGUCGGGUGGUUGUGUCGUGCUCGUCGGAUUGGGACCGUCAGUGGUGGAACUGCCAGUGGUGGAUGCGGCUGUACGAGAGGUGGACAUCCGGGGUAUCUUCCGCUACGUCAACUGCUACCCCACAGCUUUAGCCAUGGUGGCGUCUGGCACGGUCAACGUGAAGCCGUUAGUUACGCACAGGUUCACGCUGGAACAGGCUCUACAGGCCUUCGAGACAACCAGGACUGGGGCUGAUGGUGCCAUUAAGGUCAUGAUUAAAUGUGAGGAAAACUGAGAGGACAGCCAUGAUUGAAGCUGAUGGUGUCAUUAAUUUCUAGAUGAAACGUAGAACUGAGAAACCACGAAGGCCUUGUUUAAAUAUGCAGCAAACUGAGAAGACUACGGAUGAGAAUUAUAACUGUACAUGUAGCAGUAAAACUUUGGUACGACAGUAAACUUCUGAUUCUUGACUAGCGUAUUCAGAACUUUAGAAGUGGGGUUAUGCUGAAAAUCGUGAUCGCUCUUUACUCCCUCGCAAUUAACGGUAGGCCUAUAACUUCAUUUAAUAGCGUCUCGUACUAUUACAUCGAUUUUGUGUACACAAAUUCUACAUAAUCAGGGUAAUGAUCGUCAGGAAGACCAUAUUUAGUGUAUGAUUAUUUUGUUUUCCUGUCAAACUAUAAGUGAACAUUAGCAGAGAUUUGGGCUGUAUGCCUAGCUGUGUACACUUUCCAUCGUUAUCCAUCUUCAUGUUCGUGGGUGGAGGUUGUGUGCUUUAUUUAGGUUCUUUGAUGUUAGGUAAAUUGGAAUUGACGGUACAGUUGCAUGUACAUAUCAGUAAAUCGUCAGUCGCAUACUAUGUUUGAACUAUUGUUCGAAGCUUUCAUUCUAGCUGUGCUACAUAUCAGAACUGAAUAUCCAAGACGUACAUUCGCAGAAAGAAAGACAUGAUUUAAAGAUAUCAGAAACUGUAAUCUACGUUUUUCGUUCUCUUUGUAUUAUCUUUGGCAUAACUUUGUUUUUAUGAAGAAACAUUGUAUGUGUUAUUGUAUGCUGCAGCACACCUGACUCAGACUGAAGCCAAAUAUCUACACCAUGAUGUAUCAGUAUUAAUAAUCAUUAA